AUGAACGACCCGCAACGCCGCAGACGCCUGCCGACCCCCCAUUCCGUCAGAUAUACUAGAUACGCGGACUUUCCUUUUGUACCACCAGUUCGGGCUCCGCUCGAACCCACAACACCAUCUCCAUACCUCGUCAACAUGCCCAGUCGCCCACUGCCAGGCAUCUCACUUAGUGCUCCCUCUGCGCUGGGAUGGCGAGAGCAUGUUCUGGGGCACCACCAUGACCAACCGACUCCAGCAACGACACCAGUCUGGCCAACAACUCCCAUGACUCCUCUCGAUUCAGGCCAUGUCACCCUCCCAGCCGAAACCAACGCUUGGGUUCCCGGCACAUUCCCGCCCCAACCCUUUGGCACACCAGUACCUCUUCACGUCCACCCAAACCUCAUUCUCAAUCCAAUGAACCCGACUCUUCCGGUGCUUCAGUGGGAUCUGUUGCAUGCGCCUGAACAAGCGCGACUUUUUACGGGCCGGGGAAUCUUCAAGAAGUUAGGGAAAUCCAUCAGCGAAGCCGUUGUCUUUCCGGAUGCAUCGACAGUUUGGGUGUGUGCCGACCCAGAAAGUAGUGCGGGAAGUGCUGCGAUUCUUGGCUACUGGAUGGAGGUCUGGGGCCCCAUUAUCAUCGAAAAAGCCUCGGGUUCAGUCAAAAUCCUCGAGCUCCUCGAUGCGGUCCGCGAUUACUUCCAGGCCCCGUUGACCAACGCCGACAUUACCCUCAUCCGCCAAUCUUCUUCCCCGAUUAACCCGAAACCGCUUGUCACACUCAAAACUGCUGCAUAUCGGCGGGCAGAUGACGCAUACGAGCUAAGGGACAUCUCAACGCGCUCAUUUAGAAGGAUAGAUGUGCUUGGUAUGUUUCGCCAAUGGGGAGGGGUCCGUCCAAUGGUGUUCCAAGACGGGAGCUGGCGAUUGUUCUUGACGUUGUUGCCGUAUGCCGUGCCCAGAAGGUGA